CUGGUCCAUACUGGUCCAUACUGGUCCAGGCCAUGGACGCCCCCUCGGAUGAAGGUGACGAUGAUGAUGAUGAGGAGUCGGUGCCGCAGGCUCAGCAGCGCCUCCUGCAGGCCAUGGAUGCCCCCUCAGAGGCCGCUGAUGACGGAUGAAGGUGACGAUGAUGAUGAUGAGGAGUCGGUGCCGCAGGCUCAGCAGCGCCUCCUGCAGGCCAUGGAUGCCCCCUCAGAGGCCGCUGAUGAUGAAGGUGACGAUGAUGAUGAUGAUGAUGAGGAAUCUGUGACACACGCUCAGCAGUACCUCCUGCAGGCCAUGGAUGCCCCCUCAGAGGCUGCUGCUGAUGAUGAUGAAGGUGACGAUGAUGAUGAUGAGGAGGAGGAAUCUGUGACGCACGCUCAGCAGCACCUCCGGCAGGCCAUGGAUGCUCCCUCAGAGGCCGCUGAUGGUGAUGAUGAAGGUGAUGAUGAUGAUGAAGGUGAUGAUAAUGAUGAUGAUGAGCAGUCAUUGGUGCAGGCUCAGGAGCGCCUCCUGCAGAUCAUGGAUGUCCCCUUGGAGGCCACUGAUGAUGAAGGUGACGAUGAUGAUGAUGAGGAGUCGGUGGCGCAGGCUCAGGAGCGCCUCCUGCAGGCGCUGAUGGCUCGCGCAGACCGGGCGCUGCCCCGGCGGGCGCUGGAGCGGGACUGGGACGUACUGGGAGAGCUGGGCAGCGGCUCCUACGGGCGCGUGCUGCUGGCACGGCCCCGGCACGGAG